AUGACCGUUGGUGAUGAAGGUCUAUUAGGGUACAUUAAGGCUUUGUCAACUGUGUCUGUGAUCCCUGUCAGAUUUAGUUAUGAAGAGCUUGUUACUGCAACUGAAAAUUUUAGUAAUCAAAUUGGCAGCGGUGGAUUCGAUACUGUGUAUAAGGGCAUUCUAGCAGACAAGACUCUAGUGGUAGUGAAGAAGAUGACUUGUUUGGGAGUCCGAGGGAAGAUGGAAUUUUGCAAUGAGACAACUUCAAUUGGAAGCAUCCACCAUGUCAAUCUGGUCAAGUUAAGAGGUUUCUGCAUACAUGGGAAGCAGUGUUUUCUAGUUUAUGAUUAUAUGAACAGAGGUUCUCUGGAGAAUAUUCUUUUUGGGAAUGGUUCUAAUGAACCUAUCUUGAUUCAAGGGAGAGCCUCCAUCUAUAGUUUUAACUCCUUUUUUUUAUUUGCACCAAUUAUGGUAUAUGAGCUGGUGCUUUACCAUUUACAAGACGAAAAGAUGGAGUUUGGGACAGGUUGUCUAGAGGUGGUGUGGAACAUAAACUUUAGCCUUUUGGUUAUGGUGGCCGACAAUGACAUGGUGCUUUUAGGAGAACAUGAUGUAUGA